UUGAACCAUGGAAUCGGAAACAGACGACAAUUGCUACGAGCGGAAAGACAUCCCGGUCGAUAGCUUCGGUGGUGGAGACUUCUACCACAGCCGGGACGUAACGACCCGUCAGCUUAAUCGCCACCACCUGGCGAACUGUGUGACCGAUCGGCCAAUUUCACUGCCGGCCAAACUGCACACUCCCGACGGUGGAAUGUGCAAUGGCGGUGGACGCGAUCAGCCCGACAUGGUCGACAGUUCCUCGCUGAUCAGACGAUACGCCGAGGUGACCAAGUUCAAACAGGAAGCAUCUCCCAGCCGCGGCAACAGUGUUCACCGGCUCUCGAAAGGGAACGCGGAAUCCUCACUAGCGAUGGCCAAGAAGCGAUUGAGCUCGUUGCAUUCCAGCGUGCAGCAGCCGGAAGUGGAGUCAAUGGACGAUGACAUGAUGCCACUGCUGUCUAGCAAUCGUGAACUCUCUCAGGAGGAGCUGUAUGAAUCACACACAUCACUUGUCUCCAGCUCGGAAGGAGGCAUUAUGGCUGAAGGCGAAGAAACGUCCAGCGAUGAGUCACAGGAAUCGAAUAGUUCGGCUAAUGCAGCUACCGCGAUAGUUAUGAGUCUGCUGGAACGUUUGCUUCGUUCACAUCCGGUAUGGUUCUUGCCUGGCAUUCAGCGUUCCGGUGCGAUUCAUCUGCUGCAGGGAAAGGAGGAAGGGACGUUUAUUGUCCGCGGUUCUAGUCAAUCAAAAACGAUGGCCGUUUCGGUGCGAUUGCCGGUAAACGCUGGCCCAUACAUCGAACACUAUCUGAUCCAAUCCAACAACGGAAAAUUGAGUUUGGAAAGUUCGCGCUUCAAAUUUGAUUCCAUACCAGCGCUCAUCGCGCACUACACGCAGUGCUGCGACGAGCUGCCCGUUCAACUAUGUCUUCCGGUGGCAUUGCGUGAGGCGAAAAAUCGUCAGCAACUUUCAUCGCUAGCACUGCUGGGUCAAGAGUUCUGGCGUUAUCCAAUGGCCAGCUCGCCAAAACCAAAACCAACCACCACCGUACCGGCGACACCGUCCGUCACCUCUAGUCACAUGAACACCCCGUCUGAAGCGACACACUCGAGUGGUAUCGGCAUAUCCGUACUUAACCACACGCCGCUUGGUCACGCUCCAUCCGGGAGUGGUGGUGUAACGUUGGGUGCGGGCGGAAUGGUGAGCACUUUCGGCGAAACACCGACCGACACGUUCUCCACGUUGAGCAGUUUCACCGUCAGCAAUGGGCAAACGCUGCUGAGUCCGGAAUCGAUCGAUAGUGCCAUCAUGAUGUCACCGAUGGAUCCGCACCAGCAUCAGACGGGUAUCAUAGGCAAAACGAGCACGUUUAAAGCACGCAAACAGCAGAUAAUUUCACCCAUAACGACGCAGCACGAGGUGGAAAAGCAAAUUGAACUGUUUAACGCAAACAUACUAGGGCACCACGGCGGCGGACAUUCGAAUGGAGAUGGCACAGGUGGGGAAAUGACUAGCUCAACCUCAUCGUCCAUGGAGAGCAGACAAGGUGAUGUGGUGCUGAACAGUACACUGGAAAGGAAGCCGCGAGCUCCGAGACCUACGCCACCGAAUACGCUCAACAUUAAGCCUAUACGAAGUCCACCGGCACCACCUGCAAGACGUAUCAAGCUUCAGAUUGCUGAAAACAGUCCGACGACAGCUGAGCGCACCACGUUCAUGCUUCAAAAAGACACAAACGUUACGCCAACAACGGGCUUUCCGACCAGAGAUACAGCAUUCCAGCGCCGAGAACCGCCGGCGUUGAUCACUGGCACUAGCAGUACGGUGUGGUAUUGUGAUACGGACAAGGUAGCGGAUGGGCAGGAGCAGCAACCUGCGGGUCAUGCGAUCGAUCACAAACCAGCGCACGACAAUCAUUGCUUCAGCGUACCGGCUAGCACUCGUGUGAGCCGUCGUAAUAAGCGAAAAGAAUCGAAACAUUAUCAGGAAUCGGAUAUUUUGGAAUCACCAGCUGUCUACUGCCGAAGUACUCUCUUAGAUAAAAUCAGCGAUUACGAGGACAUUUGGACACAGGAUGCUAGCAACAAAGGCGAUCGAAGGUCGCUACUGGGCCAACGCCACGGAAUGUUCGGACACGAAGAUUUAACUCUUAAAGGACUCGUUUCCCCAUCAAUCGAAUCGAUGAGCUACAGACAGGGUAAACUAACCUCCUACCGCGGUUCGACCGCGCACGGAUCGCACACUUACUCCGUGGACAAUCUUGCCGUUGGUAUGAGCGGGUUUGAUUCGGCUAGUGAUCGUGCCAGUACACCGACCGAAAAACCAACCCGCCCACCGGUAGCGUUGAAAACGUUUUCACCAAUACCGAAGGACGUGCGGCAACGAUCGUGUAUGAACAUUUCGCACACCACCACAACACCCGCCGGGACACCGGUCACGCUCGAGGACGCAAUAGGGGGCAAUAGCCAGGAGCAUAAGCAGACGAGCCCAUUCUACGCGGAUCCGGCCGAUAUUUUAAGCAACAUUAUCCGUCGCAGUCCUUUGAAUCGAUUGGCUUCCUCGAACAGCAGCCAGCGCCAUUCGGAACCACCGAAGCAACUGUUUGUUAAUGAGGAUAUUCUUUCCUCCUCGACGGUCCACCCGUGGGGAAACGGAAACGGAUACAAUGUGGCCGCAUCCCUGGACGAAUUGGCGUUGGAGAAACAUGACUCGAUGCUGUCGGGCGUACGAAUGCAGGAGCUGAGUAUUGGCGGAACGAAUGAUUACGAUUCCGACAUUCGGUGGAAAACACCCACCACUUCGCUGAAGACUAUUGAACCGAUGGUAAAACCACACCAGAAAAGUACGGAAAGCCUCAUGGUGGGCAGUAAACCGACCACGAUACAUCAGAUCAUUGCGAAGAAGCUGCCAACGCUGAAUUUGUCCGAGCGAUUGUUGGAUGGUAUUCUGGCGAACGAUAGCGGCAUAGGGAGUACGGGCGAGUCAGGUUUCGGAACGUUGGGUAACAGAGGACAGCGUAAAUCGGCCUACGAUAAUGUGGAAAAGCAAGCGAAUGCUUAUGCAUCAUCAGCCAUCAAUAGUGCACACUCGGAUGAUGGCACCGUUUUCUCUGAACCGUGGGAUAGCUCCCAGUGGGACACUUUCCUUCCCAACGAACGUGAGUACAUACGCUACGUUAAUGUUCUUUUCAAAAUGUGUUCUAACUGUCCCAUGUACGUUGUAGAAUCUUCGAUGGAUUUUGCCAAUGUGGGUAAUAGUGGCUAUGACAACAGCAGCAGUUCGGUUGCCAAAGAAAAUCGCUACCGGAAAGAAGUACAUCAACCACAGUUACCACAGUCACAGCAAAAGGUGGCCACUAUACUGCGAUCUCGCAGUUGCCGCGAUCGAGAAAUUUUAUGUCAUCCACGCAAUAGAUCCUCCCACAAUGGUCCCGGUGAAUCGAUUGCCACGUACGCCUUCUACCUUGCGAACAAACCGGACUCGACGUUCUCCCGCAACAUCAGUAACUUUAUCGCCUGCACCAAGGAAUCGAAAGCUGCCCCUCAUCCGCAGGUUGUGAUGCGUAACAUGCGCCAGUUUAUGUCCGGAAUGAAGAACUAUCUGGUGAAGCACGGUGAAGGUGACUUUGGUGGUGAGGUGCAGAAGGCCCGGGCACAGCUGAAGGCGGACGAGUUUCUCAACCUCGACUCGAUACUGGAGGAGGUGAUGCACAAGCUGGUGAUACUGCCGUUGCGCGAACAUCUGUACGGUUUGUUCGUGGAUUACUACAGCCAGUCGGGUGACAUACAGCUUAUUGUGGAGAAGGUCCGGUCAACGGCGGGGCGCGGACCGCUUGCAUUCGGUAUCAAGGGCAAUGUGAUACCGCCGAGCCCUACAGCGAUGCGACAAAUUGCAACACUUUUCGUGCGCCUUCAAGAAGCCGAACUACCCCUCGCCAAACUGGACCUGCUUCUUGCCGCAGUUUCCACAAUUUUCGAAGCAACGACAUGCUGCAACGGACAACAGCUAAGUGCGGACGAUUUUUUGCCCGUGCUGGUGAUGGUUGUAGCACACUGUGGAUUCAUCGGUGCCGAAAUUGAGGCCGAAUAUAUGUGGGGAUUGCUGCAACCAUCACUACUGAGCGGAGAAGCUGGUUAUUACUUAACGGCUCUGUGCAGUGCGGUGCAUGUGCUUAAGAACUUUAGCCUCAGCGAACAGGAAGGAGGAACAUCUACGCUGGAUUGGGAUUCCUCUACCAUGCCAAACUGUUCGUCGGUGCUACGGGUGAUUAUUCCGGAUGAAUACAACGGUUCCAUACAAACCCGCACACUUCCAAUCCGGCCGCAUACCACGACGAAGGAGGUGUGCCGGAUAAUUGCUCACAAGGCGCGCAUAACGAAUGCCCAAGACUAUGGUCUAUUCAAGCUGAUCGACGGCGAAGAAACUCUUCUACAUGACACGGAAUGUCCGCAGGAUGUUCGGAUGACGGCGAAAGGGAAACAUUUUAUGAUAGCAUACAAACGGAUUGACGCUAAAAUCGCGUGGCCUACCGUGACGCCAAAUAAUGCUGUUGCUAGCAGCAACACACUGACCACUAGCACUACUAAUACUACGAAUAAUACUAUGAUUACAACCACUACUACCACUACUACUACUACUACAGCGAGUGAUAAUCAACUAAAAGUAUAAGCAAACAAAUGCAUUAUAAGCUUCCAUCGUGCGGUUAAAAUUAAGUCUGAUAUACUCUUUUUUCCAUAUAAGGUCUCGUAAUUCGC